AAAUUAAAGAAAAUAGGAAGAGUUAUUAAAAUUUUUCCCAAUUGUGAUUUGUGUAGGAAGACAAUCUAAGCAUUGUGAUUUGUGUGAUGAUCCGAUCAAAUUUUCAUUCUCCUCCCUCCCAAUCACAUUUAUUCCUCUAAACCCUAAUUUUCCCCUCUUAUCAGUCUCAAAUCCACAUCUUUUUCUGAAAAGUUCGCAAGUAGUCCAGCAAUGGUGGUCUGCAAAUGCCGCAAAGCUACUAAAUUGUACUGUUUCGUGCACAAGACUCCUGUUUGUGGAGAAUGCAUAUGCUUCCCGGAACACAAAAUCUGUGUGGUCCGCACUUACUCAGAGUGGGUAAUAGAUGGAGAAUAUGAUUGGCCUCCUUGUUGCUGUAAAUGUAAUGCUAUUUUAGAAGAAGGAGCUGAUCCUCAAACCACGCGCCUUGGCUGCUUGCAUGUUAUUCAUACGAACUGCUUGGUUUCACACAUAAAAAGUUUUCCCUCGCACACUGCUCCAGCUGGAUACGUUUGCCCUGCAUGUUCAACUUGUAUAUGGCCUCCUAAAAACUUCAAAGAUUCAGGUUCACGCCUUCAUUCAAAGCUCAAGGAGGCAAUUGCGCAAACUGGUCUUGAAAAAAAUGUUUUUGGAAGCCAUCCUGUUUCUAUGACGACACCAGAUCGUGGUCCUCCUCUUGCCAUUUCUUCAGAUCCCUUGAAGCGAUUACCAGGAGCUGGUGUCACCGAAGGAAUGAAAAAUGAAGCGACGCCUGGGGCUGGAAUUAGCUCAUCUAGAGCUACCUCACAUGAGAUAGUGGAGAUAGAUGGUUCCCCUUCUAGUUCCCUCUCAGCUAAUCAUGAACCUAAUUAUAUAAAAGCUGGAAGUCCUGCAAGUGCCGGAGCUACAACUCGAAAAGGUACAAUUCAUGUUGAAAGGCAGAACUCUGAAAUUUCAUAUUUUGCUGAUGAUGAAGAUGGGAACAAGAAGAAAUACACUCGAAGAGGUCCUUUCCGUCAUAAGUUCCUCAGAGCAUUGCUUCCUUUCUGGUCCAGUGCUUUACCAACCUUGCCAGUAACUGCACCACCUCGUAAGGACUUAUUAAAUGGUGAUGAUGGUACUGAAGGUCGUGUUCGACAUCAAAAAUCUUCAAGAAUGGAUCCAAGAAAAAUUCUACUGUUAAUAGCCAUAAUGGCGUGCAUGGCAACAAUGGGUAUCCUCUACUACAGACUUGCUCAAGGUAGCCUAGGCCAGGAGCUGACUAAUGAUGAGCAAUAGUGGUUUGCUGUAUAAAAAAUAUUGAUCAGAAGCAGCCAAGAAAGUCUAUACCAUCCUGCCUUAUACGAGUCUUCGUUGUUUGAUUCUUCUGAUUUGUAGUCAUUGCUGAGGCUGUUCCUUUCUUCUUUUUGUUCUUUUAACUGUUACUGCAUGUCCCUUAAUCCUUCUAGAAUAGUGUCAUAAUUUUUCCCCUUUUGGUGUCUAAUUUUCAUCCCCGCCAUUUGUUUUCAUAUUGUGGGAUGUUUGCCCCCGAUGGUGAACGAAGGACGCUACAAUCAUAAGUGUACUGUAUGAUGUAAAAGUUCUUGUAUUGUUUGUCUCCAGCGGGAUCUGUUAAACUUCACGUUUCCCUUUUUUGGGACGUUUUGCAAACUGUAAUCCAUGGGUUUAUGCAGCGUACAUUCAGUAUCAAACAUGUAAAUUAUGGUUACAGACUUACAGUUGAAGCACAGUUAUAACUUAUAGGCGUGACAUUUGGACCGUUGAGUUUGCCCCAUUUUAAUACGUACUCUCUUUGAU